UUUUAAACGUCGUAAGGAAACCUAAUCCAACAAAAGAAGCGUUUUCACAGAAGCUCUGUCUCAAAGAUCCCAAGAAACACAAAAUCGAGAAUGUUUUUCCACAUAGUGCUGGAGCGUAAUAUGCAGCUUCAUCCGCGCUACUUUGGCCGCAACCUCCGCGAUAAUCUUGUUUCCAAGCUAAUGAAAGAUGUCGAAGGCACUUGCAGUGGUCGACAUGGGUUUGUGGUGGCCGUUACAGGGAUAGAAAACAUAGGAAAAGGCUUAAUUCGUGAUGGAACAGGGUUUGUCACAUUCCCAGUUAAGUACCAAUGUGUUGUCUUCAGACCAUUUAAGGGGGAGAUCUUAGAAGCUGUUGUUACCAUGGUCAACAAGAUGGGAUUUUUUGCUGAAGCUGGACCAGUUCAAAUCUUUGUUUCAAACCACUUGAUUCCGGAUGAUAUGGAGUUCCAGUCUGGAGACAUGCCAAAUUACACUACUUCAGAUGGAUAAGUUAAGAUUCAAAAAGACAGUGAAGUGAGACUAAAGAUAAUUGGGACUCGAGUGGAUGCUACUGAAAUUUUCUGCAUAGGUACCAUAAAAGAUGAUUUCUUGGGUGUGAUCAACGAUCCUGCAACAGUUUAAAUGCCCCUCACUGUACCCUUAUGUUGGAAACAGGAGCAUAGUGAUUAUUAGUUUUUCAAGUAGCUUAGUUACUGUAUUUAGCUGAGUUCAAUGUACUAUUUUAGGACAUGAUUCUCUUGAAAAUAGUAGUUAACUUUGUAAUCAUUAUUAUUAUAAAUAGAUCACUCUGCUGAGUUGAAUUCGCUGGAGAAAAUCCAGAAAAUAAAUCUUUUUUCUCUUCUCACAUUA